GGGCUGAUGCGGACAUCAGCGCUGGGGAGAGGCGAGUGGCGGCCGCGGCGCCCGUGACUACUGCCUGCGUCCCGGUAAGACCAUGAAUUAUGGAAUUUCUUAAAUGAAGCAUUCAAGAGUGGAAUGAGAGAAUGUCACAUAGAAAAUAAAUGAUUUUUUAAGUUAUGUCUAUUAAUUUGACUCUAGAUAUAUAUAUUUACUUCCUUAAUAAUGCAAGAAGUCUUUGUGGGAAACAGAGAAGCAAACAGUUGCAUCUGGUUUGUUCUAAACAGCAUUGGUGUAUGAACCAUGUCAAUGUGCACAGAGAGUUUCACACAAGUAAGAAAAGCUGUAAAUGGAACAGAAGUGAAGCACAUUGCAGCACACACUGGCACACUGCAAGCAACCAUGGCUUACAUAUUGGAAUUGUAAAACUUAGCACUUCUGCUCCCAAGGGACUUACAAAAGUGAGCGUUCAUAUGUCCCGUAUUAAAAGUACUUUGAAUUCAGUUUCAAAGGCUAUUUUUGGCAGUCAAAAUGAAAUGGUUUCACGGUUAGCUCAAUUUAAAUCAAGUUCUCGAAUAUUAAGAAAAGUAUCAGAUAGGGGAUGGUUAAAACAAAAAAAUAUUAAGCAAGCCAUCGAAUCUCUGAAAAACUAUAGUGAUAAAUCAGCAGAAAAGAAUUCUUUUGCAGAACAGAAAAGUUACUUUGCAGAUAAAGAAGAAGAUUCAGGUAAACACAGCCUUUUCCAUUACACAUACGGUAUAACCACCAGAUUUGGAGAAUCAUUCCACUUUUUAGCAAAUCAUAUUAAUUCAUACUUCAAAAACAAGGAAAAAAUGUCUCAAACAAAGGAAGAUAAACAGCUUCAGGACAAACCAGGCCUUGAAGAAAGGAAAUCCCGUUCUCCUGAUCCUGACAUCUUGACAGACGGGCCAGACUCAGGAUCUCCCCCAGAUGAUGAAGACAAACUUUCCAGCCCUACCCAGAUGCCUGAGGUUCACCCAGUGUCUGCAAAACAAAGUAUUGCUAACUUCCUUUCUCGUCCCACUGAAGGCGUACAAGCCUUAGUCGGUGGUUACAUUGGUGGACUUGUACCCAAAUUAAAAUCUGAUCCCAAGAGUCAGCCAGAAGAACAGGAAGAGCCUGCUAAACCUGAGCAAGCUGUCUGCAAAGACAAGAAGGCAGAGGAGAAAAAGCGGGUUUUACUUCAGCGAGAAAAGAUUAUUGCAAGAGUGAGUAUUGAUAACAGAACUCGAGCCUUAGUUCAGGCCUUAAGAAGAACAACCGACCCAAAGCUCUGUAUUACUAGGGUUGAAGAACUGACUUUUCAUCUUCUAGAAUUUCCUGAAGGAAAAGGAGUGGCUGUCAAGGAAAAAAUUAUUCCAUAUUUACUACGGCUGAGACAAAUUAAGGAUGAAACUCUUCAGGCUGCAGUUAGAGAAAUUUUGGCCUUAAUUGGUUAUGUAGAUCCAGUCAAAGGCAGAGGAAUCCGAAUCCUCACAAUUGAUGGUGGAGGAACAAGAGGUGUGGUUGCUCUUCAGACUCUGCGGAAGUUGGUUGAACUUACUCAAAAGCCGAUUCAUCAGCUUUUUGAUUACAUCUGCGGUGUAAGCACAGGGGCCAUAUUAGCGUUUAUGCUGGGAUUGUUUCACAUGCCACUGGAUGAAUGUGAGGAACUCUAUAGAAAGUUGGGCGCAGAUGUGUUCACACAGAAUGUCAUUGUUGGGACCGUCAAAAUGAGUUGGAGCCAUGCAUUUUAUGACAGUCACACAUGGGAAAAGAUCCUUAAGGAUAGGAUUGGAUCUGCAUUGAUGAUUGAAACAGCGAGAGACCCAGCAUGUCCUAAGGUAGCUGCUAUAAGUACCAUAGUAAACAGAGGACAAACACCAAAAGCUUUUGUGUUCAGAAACUAUGGUCAUUUUCCUGGCACCACCUCUCACUAUUUAGGAGGCUGUCAGUAUAAAAUGUGGCAGGCCAUUAGAGCCUCAUCAGCUGCUCCAGGCUACUUUGCAGAAUAUGCGCUGGGGAACGAUCUUCAUCAAGAUGGAGGUUUGCUUCUGAAUAACCCUUCGGCCUUGGCCCUGCAUGAAUGUAAAUGUAUCUGGCCAGAUACCCCACUCGAGUGUAUAGUAUCUUUGGGCACAGGACGGUAUGAGAGUGAUGUGAGGAAUACCUCAACAUACACAAGCCUGAAGACCAAGCUCUCUAAUGUUAUCAGCAGUGCUACAGAUACAGAGGAAGUCCAUAUAAUGCUUGAUGGCCUAUUACCUCCUGACACAUAUUUUAGAUUUAAUCCUGUGAUAUGUGAAAACAUACCCCUAGAUGAAAGCCGAGAUGAGAAGCUGGACCAGCUUCAGCUGGAAGGGUUGAAGUAUAUAGAACGAAAUGAUCAAAAGAUGAAAAAAGUUGCAAAAAUAUUAAGUCAAGAAAAAACAACUCUUCAGAAGAUCAAUGAUUGGAUAAAAUUAAAAAGUGACAUGUAUGAAGGCCUUCCAUUUUUUUCAAAAUUGUGAGUAGGGUAUAUAUGUGUUUUCAUAAAUGAAGGCCAUCAAAAGAUCCACCAGUUUAGAGAGGAACGGUGUGAUUCAACAUGAAUUCUCUGUAGGACACUUAGUGAAUUCUGGGAAUCCCUGGAUGAAAUAAUGCUUUGAACAGCUCAAACCUCACAGAAGAAAUGAUUGGUAACAGAAGUUAUAUAUGAGAAUUAGGUAUUUAAGAUGUUCAUAACCUUUAGAGAUUUUAUUACUAUGCUAGUUGGUUUUAGUAUCUAUUGGUCUUAAAUUGUUUGCUGUUUGAAAAUGUAUUAAUAUAUGUGCCAAACACGAAAUGGGGAAUGUUAUACUUUAUGCUUUACUUACUUCAAUCAUGUGGAAUUUGUGUGACUGUUGAUUUUCUUUCAUGUCAAAAAGGUGAUUUCCCUUUACAUUUACACUACUUAGCAUUUCAUUAGGGGCACCCACAAUCCAUGUGUUACCUUUCACUGUAAUAAUCAUUGAAAGAGAUAGAAGAAUGGGAUUAUCUUUAUUAAAGUACAUUUAUGUUUGAAAUAUGAAAAAAACUGGAUACAGUUUUCUAUUAAAAAGGUUGAUGAAUUUCCAGUGAACUUUUUCUUGAAAUUGCAAGAUAAUGUUGUUCACUUUCGUAGAUCGAAUGCUAUCUUAUCAUUUACUGUUACAGAAUUAUUUGAUUUUACUGAGAAAAUAUUCUUAUCAUUAACAAAUAAAUUAUUGAAGUGACCAAUUGAUCAAGGCUAAUGCCAUUUUAAAGUUUUUUUAUUGCUCAUGAUUGCUUGGUUUAUUAUAGCAUUUAUGAAGAAAUGUUAGUCUAGUUAGAUUGACAGAAGUUAAACAUGGUGCCAUAGGCCAAAUAUAUUAAUUUUUACUGUAUUAUUUCCCUUGUAAAUCUUUAUAUUGAAUUGAAAUUUUUUAUGAAAAAUGAAACCAAGGCGUGUAUCCUUUGCUUGGUACAGAUAAACUUGACAGUGCUGCCUGUGUUGUCUUAGUGUUUGCAGGGCUGGAUCACCGAAGCGAUGAGAUGGGUGGGAGCUGUGGAGUGGCUGAGAGUGUGGGUGUUAGUGGCUGAAUAGUCAGCCUCUGGGCAUGACCUUGAAGACAGUGAGUGGACAGCUUGUAAGAUUCAGCUUACCAGCUUCCUGAGUACCAGGAAUAAGUGAGGACCAGGAAAAGGGCUAAGGAGGUUUACAUAUGAGCAAGACAGUAGACAGCUUGUAAAAGGAGGAAAUCUAAUUGUCAAAUUUCGUGUCUUCUCAUUUACUUUUUAAGAACAAGAUAAAUAAGCAUCCAGUUAUUUCAGAAGCUAAUUUAAACACUCCUUUUUAGCCUUUAAAUACAAGUAAACUUUUAUGUAACUAGACUGACUUACUAGUAUAAGAAAAAUAGAAACUAACGGGAAUAUGCAUAUUCUGGGGAUUCUCUGUAAUAGCAGAUCUUAAGCACAAGGUUCUUGUACCAGUGUGCUCUGGGAGGGUCUCCUGUCCUCACCUGGUAUAGCCCAUGCUUUGCCACUUACAUCCACUCUUCCUGGUUUGUGCUUUGCUAGUCAUUGCUAAGGGUAACUUUGGACCAGAGUUUUUUUGUUCAGCCACAUAUAUUGGAUGCUGCGUAUAAACUUUCCUUUUAACAAAGUAUAAUCAUCUGUGUGGUAUACAUGUUUUUGUUUAUUCUUGUCUCCAUUGGUACCUGAUACUGAUUUUCCAAAGAACUGAGUAAGUCCCUGAGACAACCAUCAUUUCAUAAAGAAGGAAGUGGUCUCUGUGCCCAAAAGUCAUUCUAAAAGCAGCCUAUAAGAGAGACAUAGAAAUGAGUUUUUAAUUCUACAUAGAUUAAAGUCUUUCUCUAAGAAGCAGUAAAAAAGUCUGUUUUAUGAAAUACAAAUUCAUCAGAUGUACUAAAAAUAAGUAUUAUUUUGAUCUCAGACCUUGCUGACUGUUUUGAGAAAUCAUUUUCUUUAAAUAAAUAGCAGGCACUAUUCUUUAUUAAGCAUUGAAACCCAAGAGUUGUUUGUACAGGCCCCAGGGGUUGGGAGCACUCUAGCAAGGUUAUAAUCAGCACUGCACUCUUUUGCCCCUCCCAUACCUUUUGAUCCAUGAGAGAUUAGACAUCAUAGAAAUUUUUUGACUGGAAAAGAGGUCACAAAGAGCCUGAAUGCAUUCUGAAAGGAUUCAAGACUCUUCCACUUUUGGUAACAGGAGGGAGCAGCUAGCAUCACUUUCCCUCCUUUCAUUCAUGAUACAGCUUGCAGUUGUUGACAUAGCUAAGACCCCUAAAAGUUGAGGCCCAAAAUUUGACCUAACUCACUGUGUGCUAGAAAUAGUUCUAACCAGCAGGGAAUGGUUGGGCAUCCCUGUAAUCAAAGCAAAAGAAAAGCUGCAACAGGAUGAUCGGUAGCCUGGGAUCCAUAACUACUCUGAGUUAAGCUCAACUACAUGGGGAGUUCUGGGCCAGCCUGGGCUGUGGAGUAAAAAUACCUCAAAAAGGAAAUCCAGAGGCCUGCAGUAAGACACAGCAGGUAAAACCUCUUUCUGCCGAGCCUCAUGACUUUGGGUCCCUGGAGACCCACAUGCUGAAAGGAGAUAACCAACUGCCAUUAGUUGUCUCCUGACUUCUUAUUUGUGUUCUGACACGUGUCAUACACAAAUCUAGUUAAAAAGAGAGAAGAAAGGAAAGGGAAGAGAGGGCAUGAGGAAAGGAGGGGAGGGUUAGUUAUAGUCUAUAGGAAGUAUUCCACAGGUGUCAGCUGGCAGUCAUUGGACUAAGCAUAGCAAAUAUGGACGUGCUUAGUGAGUAAGUAGCAGGAAAGGGGCUAAGGUUUACAUAUGAGCAAGCCUGAGGUUGGUAUUGUUGCAUCCUUAGAAAAAGCUUUUCAAGGUACCAGGGUUCAGAAAGGUAGAGCUAGGACCAUUGCACACUCUCUCGUCAAAACACUGUCUUAACUAGAAUGUACUUCCUGGAAGGUUGAAGAAUGACUUCAGGUCCAGCUUAUGGAACUGAAUGUGGAUAAUGUGUUUACUUGGUCAGGAAACGUUCUUAUCUCAGUACAUGUCACCUCAGUCUUUAUGAUCUCAGAGCUUUUUACAAAAGCAAAUUGUCUCUGUUCAGUUUUGUGGCUGUAUCUUAGGUCUUUUGUUACCCUGGGAUUUGUCGUCUGUAUUGUACUCUACUGGUUCGUACCUCUAAAAGGGCUCAGAAAUCCAUGGAGAGAGGACCGGAGGAGAGGAUGUCUGACCUUUCCUACCUAGUAUACCAACAUUGCAGUCUUUCAGAAGGAGCAUCCUGUCUACAGAAUGGCCAUAAUGAAUUUCUUCUACAGGAAAUUAAAGCUGACCUCUGGGCAGUUAGGAUACAUAAUCCAUUUGGAAAAUUCCAUGUUGGUCCCAUCCCAACAAAUUCUUUUCACAUUCGUUGCUCUGUGUUCUUUUCUGUUAUUGUUUCUUGCCAAGUUUAAAUACAACAGAACUGUUCUUUAAUUUGACUUUUUUGAAGCAAAUCUAUGGCAAUUACUCUUUUAUGACAAAGAAAUAGGAAACACAUCAAAAAACAGUUUGUUCUGUUCCUGGCAGGAGCUAUCCACAAUCCAAAAUAGGAUUUCCAGACUACAGAUGCCCCUGGGCUAGACUGUUUGAAUGUGUUGGUCCACCACUUUGAUAAAUAUGUCUGUCAGAAGUCACACUGAUUGCUUUGUUCACUAUAACUUUUAUUCGACUAAUAUGAAGUUUCAAAUUCAUCACACCCCACAAAUAUGCAUGAAUAUUUUGGUUAAUUAGUUUGUCAAAAAUAUAUUAUUGGACUAGUGAGAACCUGUCUGAUGAUCUGAUGAAUUCCAAAAACUCACAUAGGAAAGAACUAGUUCCCACAAAUUGACCAUACUGGAUGCAUGUAUAUGCAUACAAAUGUGCUCAUGCAUGGACACAUAGUUAAACAGUAAACCAGCUUUGGUGAUGCAGACCUGUAAUCACAACAGUUAGAAAGCAGAGGCAGGAUAGUCAGGACUUCUCAAGGCUAGUUUCAGCUACAUAGAGAGUUUAAAGCCAAUCUGAACUAUUCAAAGCUCUACUUCAGGAAAAAAAAGUGUAAAGCAGCUACUGACUGAUGUUGAUUUUUCUUCAUUAUAUAAAGCUGUAUUUUUUACCUCAUUCUUCAUUUUUAGACACUACAUAUUUUGAGGUGUGACAGUUAAUAUUGUUAACUUGACAGAGUCUAGAAUCACCUAGGAGGUAAUUCUGUGAUCACACCAGUGACGGAUUAUGUAGAUUAGGUUACUCAAGAUGGGAAAACCGGUAACUAUGGUAGCACCAUCCUAUGACCUGGUAUCUUAGACUCAAAUAGAAGAAGCUGAACCCCAGCAUCAUCAUCACUCUUCUUCCUAGCAGCAGAUGCACUGUAACCAGCUGCCUCAUGCACCUGCCUCAGUGCCUUCCUGGACCAUGAUAAAUGCACUCAAAUUGUGAGCCAAAAGAAACUCUUCCCAAAGUUGCCUUUUUCAGAUAGUAUGUUGCAGCAGGCAAGUCAGUAAUUCAGAUACAUUUUAAAAAAUUACAGUCUGAUUUAAUAUGAACAGGUUAUGUGGUCAAAAAUGGUUGAUAGUCUAAUUGACAUUUGUACAAGGUGUAAGUAUCACCACUAUUCUUGAUCUGUUUAGUAUCACUGAGAUGAAAGUAAUACAGAGUAUUUUUUGACUGUUUUCUCAAUGCCAUUGCAAAGUUAAAAUCUUAGUAUGAAUGUACCUGUAAUAGUCUUGUAAAAAUUAAAUACUGAAAAAUAUUAAAUACUGUAUCUAGGAUUAAAAAUAUUGUCGUAUCCUUUCAGAUACUAUAGUGUCUACACUUAAAUACCUGAUUCAUUAAUGUACUUUUAAAUGAAAGGUAAAAAAUAUAUCUUUCAUGGAAGAAUAAAACUGUCAAUAGAGGCUGGA